AUGGAAGAAACUACUGAAGAUAAUUAUUCGGAUUUAUUUUUAAAAGAUUCAUUUAAUUACGGAUUAUAUAAGAACCUUACUAGAAAUGACAUUAAUUAUGAAGAUAAUCGUUAUUGCAGUAAUAAUAAAAGGAAAUUUAAGGGAAACAGAGAGAUUUAUAAUCUGUGUAAUAUGUAUGCAAAAAAUUUAAAACAAUUAUCAACAAUUAUGGAAGAAGAAAAAGAUAGCAAACAACACUGCAGAUAUUUAACAUUUUGGUUAAAUGAUAAUAUAAGUAAUAUUUUUAAAACUCAUCAAGUUCCUAAGGAAGAUCAUAAUAAAAUUAUUCAAGGAUUUUCAUCCGUAUCACACUUGGUAAAUGGAGGUUUAUCUAAACCUCAUUGUGAUUAUUAUUAUGAUAAAGGGAUAACCAUGGAAAUAUGGAAAAAAUGGAAAGAUUUAUAUGAUUAUAUUAUAAAUAGGAAUCAUAUUCAAAAAGUAAUUAAUACAAGUAAGGAUUUAUGCGAAAAAUAUUCAACGUACUACAGUUAUAUUAAAGAAAUAUAUAGUGAUUAUGAAAAAGAGUGUUGUAUUAAACAGUAUGGUAAUUGUCCUGAAUAUCUUGAUUUUCGUGAAUGGUGCAAUGAUGAUAAUGUUUUAAAUAAAUUAUCAUGUGCUCAUUCUCACCAUGAUGAUGCAACUCCUGUAAAAUCUCCUGAAGAUGUAGCGGGGGAGGAACAAGUGGCAGAAGAAGCAUCAGAGGGAAACAAAGAAGAUAAAGGACAACAAGCACAAAGUCAAGGUAUAGGAGGUGAAGCACUAUCAGUAGGAAGUGAAGGAGGGCUAUUUUUAACUGAAAUUGAUGUAAGAGGAGGACAUCUAGACACUGAAGUAACAGAAUCUUUAGGUAACAAACAAUUUGGUACUGAAGAUAACAAUGGAGAAUCUAGUAAUUAUAAUGCAUCUAACCAUGUUAGAACGAUUACAUAUACUUCUUUAGGAUUGGUUUUACCUCUAGCAACUUUAUAUAGAUUCACCCCCUUAGGAUCAUGGGUAAAUACAAAAAUACUCGGGAAAAAUAAAUUAAUGGAAAAUAUGAGAAAUAACAAUUACGAAUUACUUUUAAAUGACAUCCGAAAUAGUGAGAUGAGUUUAAACGACACGACGUAUAGCAUAAGUUAUAAUUCUGCAGCAAAAUAA